AUGACAGAGAGGGAUAGCGUGACGCUUGAGUGUGAAGUAAACCUGGAGGACCUGGAUGGGAAAUGGUUCAGGAACAGCAGCAGGAUAAAAGCUGUAGACAAUGUUAAAAUAAGGCAAGAAGGUAGAACUCACUCACUGACUUUCAAAAAAAUCAAGCCUGAAGAUGCUGGUGAAAUCACCUUCAUGGCUGAAAGAGUUUCAUCAACAGCAAUGCUAAGUGUGAAAGAGCUACCGGUUCAGAUUGUAAAACCACUGCGGGUAAAAAUUGCCCUGUACAGACACCGUGCCCUGCUGGAGUGCCAGGUCUCCCGUGCUAAUGCUGAGGUCACAUGGUACAAGCAAAACAAAGAAAUCAUGCCCAAUGGGAAGUACCAGGUUAUUAGUGAAGGACUUUACAGGCAGCUGACCAUCGAAGAAGUGGCCUCGUCAGAUGAGGAUACCUUCAUCUGUGAUGCUGGUGACGAUCGGACUUCUUGCCGACUGUUUGUAGAGGAGCAGGCUAUCAGCAUUGUCCGUGGACUGAGCUCAGUUGAAGUAAUGGAGCCCAAGGAGGCUCGUUUCAGAGUGGAGACAAGCAUCAAAGUGGAACGAUCUCCUAAAUGGACUUUGAACGGGGAGCUUCUCAGUUCUGGCCCUGAAGUGAGGAUAGAGAAGGAAGGGACAUCACACAGACUCACGUUCACCAACACCAACAGCAGAAUGUCUGGAGUCAUCCAGUUCAGCUCAGGGAAGAGCAAGUCAGCUGCCCAGCUUACUGUUACAGAGCGCCCCUUGGUGGUCACCCAACCCAUUUCAGAUGUGGCGGUUAAAGAGAACAACUUGGUGACUCUCAGGUGUGAAUUUUGUCCUUCACCUCGAGUGGUGCACUGGUUCAAGGGAAGAACUCCACUGCUGGCCUCAAGCAAGUACACCAUGAGGCAGAAGAAAAACUGUGCUGAGAUGACCAUCAUAGGUGUAAAGGCUGCAGAUGCAGGGGAAUAUCGGUGCCUGGCUGGUGGAGCUGAGAGCAGGGGUCGAGUCAAUGUAGAAGUAAAACGAAUAAAGAUUACACGGCAUCUGGAGCAUGUUGAGGUUGAAGAAGAUGGAACAGCAGUGUUCUCCUGUGAGCUAAACCAUGAGGCACCAAACAUCCAGUGGCUUCUCAAUGACAGGGUGAUUCAUGCUAGUCAAAUGAACAAGAUCCAGAAUUCAGGCAAAGUGUACACUCUAGUUCUGAAAAGACUCACCGUGCAGGAGAGCAGAGUGACUUUCAAGACUGUUGACAUCAGUGAGUCCACCAUACUCAGGGUCAAAGAAAGGCCAGCGGUGUUUCUUAGAUCUUUGGAAGAUGUUGUGGCUGAGGAACAUGACAAAGCUUGCUUACAGUGUGUGGUAUCCAAGGAAACAGUAACCCCUGUUUGGAGGAAAGAUAGUACGGUCUUAAAUGCCAGUAAAAAAUAUGAAAUUCUUCAAUUGGGAAAGUCAUUAACUCUGAUCAUUCACAAGCUCACAAAAGAAGAUGUUGGGGAAUAUUACUGUGAUGUAGGGACUAGCCAAACAAAAGCCAAGGUUGCCGUUCGUGAUCUGUUCAUCACCAUUGUCAAGCGUUUACGAACUAUUUCAGUUGUCGAGGGGGAAUAUUGCAGUUUUGAAUGUACUCUGUCACAUGACAUUAUCGAUGAACCCUCCUGGACUCUGAAUGGCCAGUUGAUUGUCAGCAAUGGUCGAUUCCAAGUUGCGAACAAGGGUCAAAAGUACACCCUGAACAUUCAAGAGGUUAUGAUUACUGAUGCUGGAGACGUGAUGUUCACUAUCAAGGAUCUCAGUUGCAGGACCAUGCUGUUUGUCAAAGAGAAGCCAGUACGAGUGUUCAGGGACAUACUCAAUGUUAAGGCAGUUCCUGGUGAAGAUCCAGAGCUUAGUUGUGAGAUUACCAAACCUGAGGUGACCAUAAAGUGGUUGAAAAAUGGCCGGCUGAUCAGGUCUAGUUCAAAGUAUGAGAUGAUCCACAAAGGCUGCUUUGUUUCACUAGUAAUCCAUAAUGCAACUGUAAAGGACUCUGGAGAGUACUGUUGUGAGGCUGAUGGAGUUGCUACCAGGGCAAGGCUUGAGGUCAGAGAUUUACAGCACACAUUUGUGAAGGAGCUAAAAGAUAUAACUGCAGAAGUAAAGAAUAUGGUAAUCCUGGAGUGCGAAACCAAAAGACCUGCCAAUAAGGUGACCUGGUUAAAAGGCAUGGUGGUACUUAACUCAGGUCAGAAGUACCUGAUGUUGAAGAAAGCUGUUGUCCUCUCACUCACCAUAUUCAACCUCGAGAAAAGUGACAACGAUUUCUACACGUGUGAUGUGGGGACGAUGCAGAGCAGGGCAUUACUUACAGUACAAGGUCAGAAAGUGCUCAUUUUGGAUGAACUAGAGGACGUUGAAUGUCUGAAAGGGGACACUGCUGUAUUCCAGUGUCGUAUCUGGCCGAGUGACUUCACCGAGGUUAAAUGGUAUCUUGACGAGACUCUGCUCUUUACCAAUGAUUUAAAUGAGAUCCAAAUGAUCCAGGGUGGCUACCAUACUCUUACAAUAAAACAGCUUGCCCGCAGAGACACAGGAACAAUUACUUUUGAAGCUGGAGAUAAAAGAUCUUACGCUUCACUGCUAGUAAGAGAAAGACGCCCAACAAUUAUCAAACCGUUGGAGGACACCGAAGCUAUCGAGGGUGGAAGUCUAAAUCUUUUAUGCAAGACUUCAAAACCAUGUCAUAUCCUGUGGUAUAAAGAUGGCUGCUUAAUGUGGAAUUCCUCCAGCUAUUUUAUGUCCCGGUCUGGAAACGAGGCCAGGCUGACCAUCAGAGAGGUUAAGGACACAGAUGCAGGAGUGUAUGAGUGUAAUGUAGGAUCUGUCAGCACCAAGGCUACAGUGACUGUUAAAGCUGUGCCUUCCGAGUUUACCAGGCAGCUUCAUAGUCAAGAAGCUGAUGAGGGAAGUAGUGUGACACUGUUCUGUGAAUUCUCUGUACCCGGUGUUCAGUACUUGUGGCGUAAAGGAGCCGAGACACUCAGGUCAGGAGAGAAAUACCAAAUGAGGCAAAAUAAAAAUUGUAUUUCUCUUACAAUCCACAAUGUGAAACUUGAGGACUCAGGGAAUUACACAUGCAUUUGCAGAAACCAAAGGACCAUGGCCACAGUAACAGUCUAUGCUGUUCCCAUCACAUUCGUCAAAAAACUUAAAAACCAGGAAGCGGAAGAGGGCACGGCUGUGACGUUACGCUGUGAGCUUUCCAAAUCUGGAGUCCCAGUGGAGUGGAGGAGGAAUGAGGAAGUGCUCAGCCCUGGGAUGAAGUAUCAGAUGCGACAAAUAGUAUCCAUACAAGAGAUGGUUAUUAGGAAUCCAGUGCCAGAGGACAGUGGAACCUACAGCUGUGUUUGUAUCGACCAAAUGACCAAAGCUACAAUUAAGAUUGAAGCUCAACCCAUUACAUUUAUACAAAAACUUAAAUCUCAAGUGGUUGAAGAAGGAAACAGUGUCACCUUACUCUGUGAGCUAUCAAAACCUGGUCAUCCUGCGGAAUGGAGGAAAGGCCACGAGUUGCUUAAGUCGGGAGAAAAGUACCGGAUGCGCCAAAGAACCUGUGUGUUAGAGCUAAAGAUUUUCAAUCUGGAAUGUGAGGACAGUGAGGUGUAUAGCUGCUCAUGUGGCAAUGCCCAGACAACCGCCAGGGUUACUGUUACCAAGCAGCCAAUGUAUUUUACAGAGAAGCUAAAACCACUGUUUGCUGAGGAGGGCAAAGCUGUGAUCUUACACUGUGAAUUGUCCAAAGCUGGUGUUCCAGUGGAAUGGUGGAAGGGAGAAGAGCUUUUGCAACCUGGAGAGAAGUAUACGAUGCGAGGAAGAGAAGCCACACAUGAGCUUAUCGUCUGUGACACUAUACCUGAAGACAGUGGAGUCUACAGAUGUGUAUGUGGAAACCAGAAGACCAAGGCAUUGUUAAAAAUUGUUGGUGUGGCUGCUACUUUUAAGCAAAACCUGAAGAACCAAGAAGCUUUCGAAGGAGAGAAUGUUGUAUUAAGAUGUGAGCUCUCGAAAGCUAAAACUCCUGUGGAAUGGUGGAAAGGUGAAGAACGUCUGAUGCCAGGUGGGAGGUAUCAGAUGAGACAAAAUGGCAAGAUUGCAGAGAUGGAAAUCACAAGUGUUCUUCCUGACGAUGCUGGAAUGUACAGUUGUGAUAUAGGAAACCACAAAAGCACUGCGGCAUUGAAAAUCACAGCUCUUCCGAUUACUUUCAAACGGGAGCUCCAAGAUCAGGUUUGUAAAGAAGGGGACAUGGCUGUGUUCAUCUGUGAACUAUCCAAACCUGGAGCUCCAGUAGAGUGGAGAAAAGGAAGAGUUAUUCUGAAACCAGGAGAGAAGUUCAGGAUAAGGGUGGAGGGGGGGUUAACCAAAUUGGAAAUAAACAACUUGGAAGAAAGUGAUUCUGGAAAGUAUUAUUGUAAAACCAAAGAAGCACAAUCAGCUGCUGAGCUUACAGUGCAAGCACUUCCUGCUACUUUCAAAAAUGUCUUGAAGAACCAAGAAUGUCAAGAAGGAAACAGCAUCAGUUUGCAGUGUGAACUUUCCAAAACUGCAGCACAUGUAGAGUGGUGGAAAGGAAGUGAAAUGUUAAGAACUGGGGAGAGGUAUCAGUUGAGAAAAAGGGAUACAACUGCAGAACUGUUAAUCCGAAAAACACAACCAGAAGACAGCGGCGUUUAUCGAUGUGUUUGUGGAGAGCAGAGUAUUGAGGCACGAAUCAAAGUCAAUGCUUUGCCAAUCAUUUUCAAGCAAGAACUGAGGAACCAAGAAGCUGAAGAAGAGAACAAUGUCAGCUUGCGUUGUGAACUCUCUAAAUCUGGAGCUCAGGUACAGUGGUGGAGAGACGAAGAACUGCUCAAGCCUGGAGAAAAAUACCAAAUGAGACAAAUGGGCACCAAAUUGGAGCUUGUCAUUAGAAAAGUAGUACCUGAAGAUAGUGGUGUCUACACUUGUGUAUGUCCAGAUCAGAAAUCCCAUGCUAUGAUUAAAAUAAAAGCUUUACCAGUGAUUUUCAAACAAAACCUGAGAAACCACGAAACAGUGGAAGGCAAGAGCACCACUUUACGCUGUGAACUUUCCAAACCUGGAGCGUUAGUGAAAUGGUGGAAGGGACAGGAGGAGCUGAGUGAGGGUAAAAAAUACCACAUGAAGACUGAGGAAAAGACGGUUGAGAUGGUUAUUAGGAAUGUUCUAUGUGAGGAUGCUGGGGUGUACAGCUGCACUACAGGAGACCAAAAGACAACCUCAGAAAUCAAAGUUCGGGCCCUACCAGUCACGUUUAAACAAGAGCUCCAAAAUGUAGUUUCCAAAGAAGGUGGAACUGCCAUGUUUAGAUGCGAGCUCUCAAAACCUGGAGCACCGGUGGACUGGAGGAAAGGAAGACUUAUUCUGAAAGCAGGAGAUAAGUAUGAGAUUGUACAAGAUGGAAAAAUAAACACACUACUCAUACAUAAUACUGAGGAACGUGAUGCAGGGUACUACUCAUGCAAAACCAAGGAUUCUGAAUCAACUGCUGAGCUUACUGUUCAAGUUCCACCAAUUAUCUUUAAAGUGAAGUUAAAAAACCAAGAAGUUGAAGAGGAGAGCACUGUAUGCCUGCGAUGUGAAAUCUCCAAAGCUGGUGUUCCUGUCCAAUGGAAAAAAGGGGAGACACUUCUGAAGUCUGGUAUCAAAUACCAAAUUACACACCAAGAGACCACAAUGGAGCUCAUCAUUAAGAAAAUAUUGCCUGAAGACAGUGGAGUGUAUAGUUGUGUUUGUGGGGAUCAGACUACCAAAGCUAACAUCAAAGUUUUUGCCACUCCAAUCACAUUCAGACAAAAGCUGAUGAAUCAGGAAGCUCCAGAAGGAGGGAUCGUAGUACUGCACUGUGCGCUUUCUAAACCCGGAGUACCUGUGCACUGGUUGAAAGAUGAAGAAGAGCUUAGUAAUGGAUCUAAGUACAAGAUGAAGCAGGAUGGGUUAGUUGCUGAGUUGCACAUCCGGAACGUUCUUCCUAUGGAUGUUGGGGAGUAUAGCUGUGUUAUCGGUGACCAAAAGACAACAGCUGAAGUUAACGUCAAGGCUGCUGCCUCUGUGUUCUUUGAGAAAGAACUCCAGGACCAGGAGGCAAUGGAGGGGAACUCUGUGGUGUUCAGGUGUUUGCUGUCAAGCCCUAAUGCACCAGUGGCUUGGAAAAAAGGCUCACAGCAGAUCACAGAAGGUGGCCGAUUUACUGUACACCAAAAGGGCUCAACGCAGGAACUUGAGAUCAGGAAUCUAAGGUCUGAGGAUGCUGGUGUGUACACAUGUAGCACAAGGGGCAAGAUGACAUCGGCAUGCCUCCGAGUGAUUGAUCGUGUGAGAAUUGUGAGAGAGCUACAGGACUUGACUGUAACCACAGGAGAAGAUGCCCAUUUUGUGUGUGAGCUUUCUCACAGUGAUGUUUCCGAUGGAGUGUGGUGGCUUGAUUCCACCAUACUUCAGAAAAAUGAAAUGAAUCAGAUGAAGUGUUGUGGCUGUGAGCAACACCUGACACUUACCAUGACAACACCUGAGGAGUCAGGUAUAGUGGCCUUUGUGAUAGGAGAAGAAUGGACGUCUGCUCGUUUACAAGUGAACAGUAAACCCAAAGUUUUGAUAGAAGAGAAAUUGCAAGACAUGGUCGUCUUUGAGGGCGAUACUGCUUCACUUUCCUGUGUUACCUCGGAUGACUGCACACCAGUAACAUGGAAACGAAACAAUGUCACUCUUCUAGCAGGGGAAAAGUAUGAACCUUGUAAAGAAGGGAAGUGCAACAUGCUUUUAAUACAUAGAGUAGAAAAAGAGGAUACUGGGAUUUAUAUGUGUGACACAGGAGACAUGCAGAGUAUAGCUGCUCUCAUCGUCAAAGAACGUCCACUUUUCUUCUGUGAGAAACUUCAGAAUCAGCAAGUGGAGGAAGGCAAAACCGCCUUCCUGCGCUGUGAGCUCUCUAAACCUGGACUUUUGGUGCAGUGGAAGAAAGGAGGCAUUUUGCUUAGACCAGGAAACAAGUAUAAAAUGAAACAGGAUGGUUGUGAAGAACAACUUCAAAUCUAUGACCUGGCAAUUCAGGAUAGUGGCAUCUACAGAUGCUGUGUGGAUAGCACAGAGACAAAGGCUAGUCUUACUGUUAAAGAACAACCUCUGUUCUUUCGUGAGGAACUCCAAAGUAUGGAGGCUGAAGAGGGUGAAACCUUGUUCCUGUGCUGUGAGCUUUCAAAGCCUGGAGUCUCGGUGCAGUGGAAGAAGGGAGCAAUGCUGCUGAGACCUGGAAUCAAAUGUGAGAUGAAACAGAAUGGUUGUGUAUUAGAGCUCCAGGUAAAUGACCUGAAAUGUGAGGACAGUGGAGUUUACAAAUGUUGUGUUGGUAGCCUCGAGACAAAGGCUAAUAUCCUUGUUAAGGAACAACCGCUGUUCUUCUCUGAGGAGCUACAAAAUCAGCAGUUAGAAGAGGGUGAAACUGCCUUCUUAAGCUGUAGGAUAUCUAAACCUGGGAUUUCCGUUCAGUGGAAGAAAGGGGUAGUGCUGCUUAGACCAGGAGACAAGUAUGAAAUAAAGGAGGAUGGCUGUAAGCUGCAGCUUAAGAUCCAUAAUGUGAAGGGUCUGGACAGUGGAAAUUACAAAUGCUGUGCUGGUGGCUUAGUAACUACAGCAUCAGUUAUGGUAAAAGAACAACCCCUGCUUUUCCACGAGAAACUUCAAAAUCUGGAAGCAGUAGCGGGUGAGACCAUCGCCCUGUGCUUUAAAGUCUCUAAACCAGGGGUUCCAGUACAGUGGAAAAAAGGAGCAGUAGUGCUGAAACCUGGAAACAAGUACGAAAUGAUACAAAAUAAUUGUGAAUUUCAGCUUAAAAUCAAUGAUUUAACACAUCAUGACAGUGGUACCUACAAAGGCUGUACAGGUGGCAUUGUGACGACAGCAGUCCUUGAAGUAAAAGAACAGCCAUUAUUCUUUUUGGAGGAACUUCAAAAUAUACAAGCAGUGGAAGGAGAGACUGCUUCACUGUUCUGUGAGAUUUCCAAACCUGGAAUUCCAGUGCUGUGGAGGAAAGGUGUAACCCGCUUGAGGCCUGGGAUUAAAUAUGAGAUAAGGCAAAAUGGCUGCAAAUUACAGCUUAAAAUACAUGAUCUAACUCAUCAAGACAGUGGUUCCUACAAGUGCUGUGCUGGCAACCUGGAAACCGUGGCAUCUCUUGAAGUGAAAGAAGAACCGGUAUUCUUUCAUGAGGAACUCCACAAUCUGGAGGUAGAAAAGGGUGGAACUGCUUUGUUAACAUGCAGGAUAUCAAGACCUGGGGUUGCAGUGCAGUGGAAGAAGGAAUCAGUCCUGCUUAGAUCAGGAGACAAGUAUGAAAUGAAGAAGAGUGGAUGUGAACUUCAAUGUCAAAUUCAUGAUCUGACAUGUGAUGACAGUGGUACUUAUAUAUGUUGUGCUGAUACUGUAAUGACCACUGCAACUGUUCUUGUAAAAGAACAACCUUUGUACUUCUACAAGGAGCUAAAAAAUCAAGAAGCAGAGGAAGGUGAAACUGGCUUGUUGUGCUGUGAGCUCUCGAAACCCUGGGUUUCUGUGCAGUGGAAAAAGGAAUCAAUACUUCUCGAACCUGGAGAGAGGUAUGAGAUGAAACAGGAUGGAAAUGAACUCCAACUUAAGAUUCAUGAUCUAAAAAGUUCUGACAAUGGCUCCUACAAAUGUUGUGCUGGAAGUCUGGUCACUACAGCAUCCAUUGUAGUGAAAGAAAAACCUUUGUUCUUCAGCAAGGAGCUACAAAAUCUGGAGGUAGAAGAAGGUCAAACUGCCUUGCUGUGCUGUGAGCUCUCAAAACCUGGAGUCACAGUACAGUGGAAGAAAGGAGCUCUUUUUCUGCAACUUGGAGAGAAGUAUGAGAUGAAGCAAAAUGGAUGUGAACUGCUGCUUAAAAUCCAUAAUAUGAGAAGUUCUGAUAGUGGCUUGUACAAAUGUUGUGUUGGUAGCCUGAUCACAACAUCAUCCAUUGCAGUGAAAGAAAAGCCAUUGUUCUUCAUUAAGGAGCUACAAAAUCUGGAGUUAGAAGAAGGUAAAACUGCCUUGCUGUGCUGUGAGCUGUCGAAACCUGGAGUCACAGUUGAAUGGAAGAAAGGAGCUCUUCUUCUGAAACCUUCUUCUGAAAAGAAGUAUGAAAUGAAGCAGUAUGGAUGUGAGCUGCAACUCAGGAUCAGUGAUCUGAGACGAUCCGAUAGUGGUUCCUACAAAUGUUGUGCUGGUGCACUCACCACAACAACCUCAAUUCUAGUAAAGGAAAAACCUUUGUAUUUCUGUAAGGAGCUCCAAAAUAUGGAGGUCAAAGAGGGUCAAACUGCCUUGCUUUGCUGUGAGGUCUCAAAACCUGGAGCUGCAGUGCAGUGGAAGAAAGGAACAUUUCUUCUAAAACCUGGAGAAAAGUAUGAAAUGAAGCAAAAUGAAUGUGAACUUCAACUUAAGAUCUAUGAUCUGAAGGUUUCUGAUAGUGGCUCCUACAAAUGCUGUGCUGGUAGCCUGGUUAGUGCAGCAUCAUUGGUGGUAAAAGAACAAACCAUAAUCUUCUCCAAAGAGCUUCAAAAUCUGGAGGUAAAAGAAGGUGAAACUGCCUUGCUCUGCUGUAAGCUCUCGAAGCCUGGCAUUGCAGUGCAGUGGAAAAAAGAGGCUCUUCUGCUUAAACCUGGAGAGAAGUAUGAAAUGAAGCAGGAUGGAUGUGAGCUACAGCUCAGGAUCAAUGAUCUGAGAAGUUUUGAUAGUGGUUCCUACAGAUGUUGUGCUGGUACGCUAACCACUACUGCCACAAUUCUAGUAAAGGAAAAACCUUUGUAUUUCUGUAUGGAGCUUCAGAAUUUGGAGGUAGAGGAGGGUCAAAUUGCUUUGCUGUGCUGUAAGAUCUCAAAACCUGGAGCUGCAGUUCAGUGGAAGAAAGGAGCACUUCUUCUGAAACCUGGAGAAAAGUAUGAAAUGAAGCAAAAUGGAUGUGAACUUCAACUUAAUAUCCAUGAUUUGAGAAGUUCUGAUAGUGGCUCCUACAAAUGCUGUAUUGGUAGCAUGUUCACGACAUCAUCCAUUGUAGUGAAAGAAAAACCUUUAUUCUUCUGCAAGAAGCUACAAAAUCUGGAAGUACUAGAGGGUAAAACUGCCAUUCUCUGCUGUAAACUCUCGAAACCAGGAAACUGUGUGCAGUGGAACAAGGAAGCAAUGCUGCUUAGGCCAGGAAGCAAGUAUGAAAUGAAGCAGGACGUUUGUGAAUAUCAACUUAAGAUCUAUGACGUGAAGAAUCAAGACACUGGGAUCUACAAAUGUUGUGCUGGUAGUUUAGUAACAAUAGCAUCUAUCACAGUCAAAGAACAUCCUUUAUUUUUCUCUAAGGAGCUUAAAAGUCAAGAGGUCGAAGAAGGCAAAACUGUGAUUCUGUACUGUGAGCUCUCUAAGCCUGGUGUUUCAGUGCAGUGGAUGAAGGAUGCAGUUUUGCUGAGGCCUGGAGAAAAGUAUGAGAUGAAACAAAAUAGCUGUGAACUAAUGCUUAAAAUUUAUGACCUAAAAACUGAAGAUUGUGGUGUUUACAAGUGUUGCGCUAGCAAAGUGGAGACAACUGCUACUAUUGGUGUAAAAGAGCUUCCAACCAAACCUCAUGACAUUCAUCCGGUGCCACCACGUUCCAAGGGCAAGAGAUCCCAUCAAGGCUCUGUGGUAGAUGAACAAACCUGUGUCAGUGAUCCAAAAAUGUCAUCUUUAAACCAGAAAUCUGCUAAUAUUCUACUAGAGCAAUGGCAGAUUGACCACUUGGAUAAUACGAGCACAGAAGAGCAAGACUUUGAGAAGGAAAAGUCAUUACUGAGAGAAAUAGUGAAGGAAAGUGAGAGAUUCCCUGAAAAGGACAUUAGGAUGAAUAUUAGAAACCCCACUCUUUCUCCUGAUGAUCAUGUUACUGCAGAGCAGAUUAACAGAGCAACAAAUUUUGCAGUUACGACUACUACAUACAUUUCCUCCAACCAAAAUCAAGACAAUAGCAAGAAAGCACCAGAAUGCAGAGACAUCACAGAGCAGGAGAGUGAACCUCGAGGCAAACUUGAACCACUAGCACCCACUCGCUACAAGGAAAAGUUCACUCAGCCACAAUUUGUUCUUCAAGAACAAGAAAAUGUUCUGGAGCCAAAUGAACAUGUUUCCAUCUUAGUGCCAUUUGGGAGAACAGCUUCCAGUGGUUCUUCAGAUACCAAGAGUCAGUUCCUGGAUGUUGGAGAUAAAAUGCCCAAAGAAAAAUACAGCACACAGGAAACAGUAAUGCAAGAAGUAAAAGGAGAGAAAGCUUGUGUCCAUUGUGAGGACGUUUUAGCACCUGAAAUGAUUCAAUACCUACGUAAAGCUGAGGAGAAUCUCACAGGUAAAGCAUCAAGUCAGCCUAUUAUGGCUCAAGCGCACAAUAAGCAACAUAUCAGUGAAGAAAAAACAUCAGAACUAUCCAAGGAAAAGGCCUUGCAACAGAAAGCAAAGUCAACUGUUCACAUGAGUUUUAAAGAGAAUAAAAUGAAAGAUGUCCCAGAAACUAUAAAAAAUCAAUCUCAGGAAAAGAUAACAACUCAAACCAAAAUGGAGGGUGGCGUUAUUGGUGCUUGCAACCAUAACUCUUGGGAAGAGGCCACCAAAGCUUGUAAAGUUGCAAAAAUAACAAAGAACACAAACUCCCCAGAAGAACAUUCUCAGGAACCCUUGGGUAUAGACAUAUUUCAAGAGGAUGAGCCAGAGAUGCUUGAGGCAGCUAUCAAGAUCCAAGCUGCUUUUAAGGGAUACAAAGCUCGAAAGGACAUGAAGCCUGUCUUUAAAGCAGUCUUCAAGACCCAGAAUGUAGAGCUAAGCGAUACCAUUAGUUUGGAAUGUAUUGUUGAGGGUAAACCCAGUGUACUGCGGUGGCUGAAGGAUGGCAUUGAGAUAAAGUCUGGUGAGCGCCACAAGAUCAGCCAUCAUGAGGAUGGUAGGUGCUUACUGGUUAUAGCUAAUGCAAGUUUCAAAGAUGCGGGGAUCUACACUUGUGAAAUUGGGAACAAGUUUGGUGCUAUUAGUUACAACGGGAAUGUAACAGUCAGUCAUCAAAAGAAACCAAUAAUUGACACUGCACAGCCUCUUGAAACAGAACUGACUUCUGGAAAUGAUGCUGUGCAGAGUUCUAAUAAGGACGAUGAAUCACUUAAGCUCAUCUAUGAUCUGCCUACAGAGGACACCCAGAGGAAAUUUCAGGAGAAAAGGAAAAGUUGUUCUUUUAGUUCUUUAUCCUGUCCUUCAGAUUAUGACACUGCCCCUGAUGUGGAUACAAACUCCUUAUUCAGAGAAAAACAGUUGGAAAAGAAAAACACCACAAUGCAGCUGUCUAAAAGUUUAAAAGAAGAAAAAGUUCUAUGUCCUGAACCAAAAGAAAUCACUGGACAGUUAAAAGUAAAAGAAGGGAAGUCAAUAAGAAAAACUCUAUCACCCAAAUACCAUCACAGCCUCAAGACCCCAUCCACCAUAGAGUCAGUCUCAGAGUCAGAUGAGGAUGAUGAAAGAGAGGAGACAUUUGAUAUCUACGUAGCCAAAGUGGACUGUCACCCCACUGGAGCCAAUAAAGAGAACUUUAUUCUUAAGGAAGGCCAAUUUGUGGAGGUCCUUGAUUCUGUGCAUCCUGUGAAAUGGCUUGUCCGGACUAAACCAAGCAAAACCACUCCGUCCAGACAAGGCUGGUUAUCUCCAGCAUACCUGGAGAAAAAGACAAAGGAACUACUUUCUUUGGUGCAAGAAACAGAGACAAAAGACACUUAUGAAAAAAGAAGAAAAACUGCUUCCAAAGACGAAUAUAGAGAGACAUCAAGUCAACUGAUUAAAGGUCUGCUUGAUGGUGAAAGGGAAUUUGUGAGAGACAUGAAUUUCUUUGUAGAGCAUCAUUUACAGCACGUAGAGACAAGCUCCAACGUUCCGCUCACUAUUAUUAGCCAGAAAGAGUACAUUUUCCGCAACAUUAAGGACAUUACAAGCUUCCACGAAUGUUGUAUUUUACCGAAGCUAAGCCAGUGCACUACAGAUGACGACGUAGCUCAGUGUUUCAUAAACCAUAGCCCAGAUUUUGAGAUGCAUCUUCAGUACAUUACAGGCCAGUCUCAAGCUGAGGCCUGCAUUUCAGACAAAAACACACAGUUUUUCUUCAAGCAAUAUGCCAAAACCGCAACAGAGUUGAUAAGGAACAAAGCGAAAAGUGGGCGGAGUUGUUGUCUACUCGUAGAUGCCUUUUCAAUGGUGUCCAGCUUGCCCUGGCGUGCGGAGAACAUGCAGCACGCGUCCCUGAUCGAGAACUAUCCAGCACCUCUAAAAGGGCUCGGAGAACCAUUACGACAGGGUUCCUUUAUUGUGUGGGAAGAAGCUCCUGGGACAAAAAUUUCCCUCAGGGGUCAUCAUCGUCAUGUCUUUCUGUUCAAGGACUGUAUUGUGUUUUGCAAAACAAAAAGAGACCUGAGCACCCAAUCCAUAUUGUAUGUCUUUAGGAACAAGAUGAAGCUGAGAGAUGUUGAUUUGAAAGAUACUAUUGAAGGCGAUGACCGAUCCUGGGGUAUCUGGCAUGAGCAUCGAGGUACAACCAGAAAAAUCACUCUUCAAGCUCAUUCCGUGCUAAACCGUUUGUCAUGGCUCAAAGACCUUCGAGAUUUGCAACAGCGCAGCAAACUUCCGUUAUGGAGUGUGCCAUGCUUUGAGCUCAAACUUACUGAUUCUGUAGUUAAACUCGGACAAACCACAAAACUCGUUUGCAGUGUCACAGGAAUCCCAAAACCUGUGGUCACUUGGAACAAAGAUGGUAUUCCUCUGAAGGAUGACCAGCAUCACAUUAUCUCAGAGGGAAACUCAGGUACUUGCUCUUUGGUUCUGACGUCCGUGUCCGUGGACAAUGCGGGUCAGUACUUGUGUUACGCUACAAACCCCAUGGGCAACGCUAGCACCCUGGCCAAAUUAUCUGUUGAUGUACCUCCUAGUUUUGCAACCAGACUUCAGAACACUUUGCUGGUGAAAGGGAAUGAUGUGAAGUUGCAGUGUUCAGCAGGAUGUAUUCCUUUACCAACUGUCAGGUGGUUUAAGGAUGGCACACUACUGGAGCAAAGCAAGAAAUACAGGAUUGACAGUGAUACACAGACUGGAGUUCUUUCACUGGUUAUUAAGAAAGCAGAAGAGACAGAUGUGGGACAAUAUGAGUGUGAGAUAUCGAAUCAGAUGGGCAGUGAUAAGUGCAAAGCACAGUUGUCCACACCUCCCCCUGUGAUAGACAGCCCCAAAGACCACCCACCAGCAACCUCAGCUCCAGCAGAUUCAGAAGGUUGGUCCAGUGCUUUGGUGAAAAACCUUUUCCAGAUGUUCUUUCAAUCUGGACCUUCCAACCAGUCUUCACUUACCACAGAGGCUCAAGCUACACAGGAGAAAUUGGAUAUCCCAAAGGAACCGCAUGAGGAGAUAUGUGUGUCAAGAGCAGAAGAUGACAAGUACGCAGAAUCUCCAGUGGUGCAGGUGGACAUGGAGAACCUGUGUGUUCAGCCUGGACAACCUGCAACUUUUUCUGUGGUUAUUACUGGGCAUCCAAUUCCAGAUAUCAAGUGGUUCAAGGAUGGUGUUGAGCUUGUCUCCGGAGAACAUGUGGCAAUGAAGCAGAGUGGUGCUCGCUUCUCUCUGGUUUUACUGAGCAUCCACAUUUCUGAUUGUGGCACUUACACUUGCACAGCCAUGAACAGUGCAGGAGAGGCUUCCUGUCAUGCCCACCUUACCACUGAUACAGGUCCAGAGGAGUUUGAGGAUUUUGCAGAGGAGGAGGAAGAGAAGGACAGAAGCUUAGAGGUGGGCAGAAGGAGAAAACUCCAUGCUGUUUAUGAAGUUCAUGAGGAGAUUGGCAGGGGAACAUUUGGGGUGGUGAAGAGAGUUGCACACAGAGCGAGCGCAGAGGUUUUUGCUGCCAAGUUCAUUCCUUUAAAAAACAGCAAUCGCACCAGAGCCUUCCAGGAAAGAGACCUGCUUUCCCGGCUUGCACACUGCAGGGUGGCCUGCCUGCUCGACUCCUUCAGCACCCGGCGUACGCUUGUCCUCAUCACAGAGAUCUGCUCGUCUCAGGGAUUACUAGAGCACCUGUUAUUAAAAGGAUCAGUGAGUGAAAGAGAGGUCCGGUUCUACAUCCAGCAAAUCCUGGAAGGGGUUGGAUAUAUUCACAGCAUGAACAUCUUACAUCUUGAUAUUAAAACAGACAACAUCCUGAUGGUCUCCCCUGCAGGAGAUGACUUAAAAAUCUGUGACUUUGGCUUCUGUCAGGAGAUCGACCCUUCCAGGAAUCAGUAUAGUGUCUUAGGGACUCCUGAAUUUGUGGCGCCAGAAAUCGUUCGCCAGGAACCAGUGACGACCGCAACAGAUAUUUGGUCUGUUGGUGUUGUUGCUUAUUUAUGUCUGACGGGACACUGUCCCUUUUUCGGGGAUAACGACCGUGCCACAUUGCUGAAGGUGGCUGAAGGCGUCCUGUACUGGGAAAUUUUAAAGAUCACCAGCUUAAGCAAACGAGCCCAGGAUUUCCUUCGCACAGUUUUACAUCCAGAUGCAGAGAUGAGGCCAUCAGCGUCAGAGUGCCUGAAUCAUGAGUGGUUCCAGGGUUCAUUUGAAGAGGAGCAGCUGAACGUUAUUAAUACAGAGAGUUUAAAAUCAUUUAUCUCUAGAAGAAAAUGGCAGCGUUCUCUAACAUGUCUCGGCUCAGUCCUGACCCUGAGGCCAAUCCCGGUACUGAUGGAUGCUCCACGGUGCGAAGUCUCUGUAACAACCCAGAGAGACCCUCGGAAUACCAGCAGCACCUCUGUGAGCACUGGUUCCUCCUCUGAAUAUGACGAGGCUGAUGCCUGGGGCUUUUUCCAGAACGCAAGCCAGGAGGAAGAUGAUGACAGUGAGGAAGAUGAUAUAGUGUAUUAUCCAUAUUAUCCUGAACAAACCUCAGCUCGAAAAAGAGAUGAGGAGGAUAUAAUCAUGAGUCAAGGACGAGAGCGAAGCGGUGCGUUGAUGGUUCCUGUAAGUGAGCAAUCCAGGAAGACACCCUCACCUUCUAUUGAGCUGGUUCUAAGGGAAAGAAAAGAAAUCCAUUCAUCUUCAAAUCUUUUUGAAGAUGAUAAAGUGCCCAGUGGAACCCCAAUCCCUCGUGGGACUUUGAUCAAGAGCACCUUCUACAACAGUGACGAGCAGCUCUCACCCAUGUCCGCCCGCCACAUGAUGCUCCGGGACAAAGUCCAUGGCAGGAAACAGGACAGAGCACGCCGAACUACACGAUCAAGCCUGUCUGGAAGGCUAAAUGAACCCCUUAUAGAGUACAUAGAGGAUUCUCCAGAUGUGGAAUCUAGCCUCAGAAAUAGGAAAGGCUCCACGCUUUUGUCUAAGUCUUUCUCACUGGACAGAGGGGUGAGUUCUUUUAAUCAAAACUCCCAAACCCAAAGGAGGAGCAGGUCACUGGAUGAAUCCACAAGAAUCUCAGUAACGACUACAAAGCACAGGACAUUUGGAGAUAAUGACCAAGAUGUAGAGUUUGACUUUGAAUUUAUGAAUGAGGAAGAAAAUGAAGCCUCAGAGGAUCCUGUUAAUAGAACACCACAAACAUUAUCUCAUUCUCACCAGAGUUCCAAGGAUGAGUUUCCAAUAAUCAUGGAAUCUCAUGUAGAUGACUGCCAGUCACACCCUGAAGAAGAGAAGGAAGAACCGGGAGCCCUGGGGGGAGAAGAAAAUGUAGCAGGUUCACAGAUGUCUCUUGCAGAGUCCUAUGACCUUGAACAUGACUCAGAUACUUCCAGCAGAACGAGCACCUAUAUCAGAACAUCUUCCAGCCACCUCCCAAUUUCAUUGAGGCACCACAGAGCAUACGAUUCAGACGAGCACUUGGCUGCACCAUCAUCUGGAAAGGCAUCGGAACUCUCACAGGAUUCUGAAGAUGAAGAUAUGGGGAGAGUUCUGAGAAAGCUUCGCCAAGCACCGUCGCAACAUCAAACACACAGCACAACAAUGAGCAAGAACAGCACGGCAUUGAGGAGAAGUUCCUCCACAGUUCCCAUACGCCCAGCAUCUGCCACGGCAGUAAGGUGUGAGGUGCUUCAGAGGCACUCCUCAGCCCCUGCACUGGAACUCAAACCCCCAAGUGGCAAAUCGGGCAAAUCUGGACUCAUGAAGAUCUUUCGUAGGAAGUCCUGGACUUCAGGACUUUCCAGCUCCCAGACACCGGAAUCUGACAAGAAUGUUGAGGAUGACUCAAGUCUACAGCAGAAAACCCCUCUCUUGACUUUGAGGAAGAAGAUAAGAGCUUCAGCAUCUAACAUCACCAAACUGUUUACCAGGCAGUCCAGUAAAGAGGGGAAGGAGGAGAAACGGGGGCCGAUUGUGAAGAAUCCUGUUCCACCAGAGAAAACAACUGUCACCUCAGACUUUUUCCCAUUAGCUCCCUUCUCAGGAAGCCCUCCAAAAAAGCCAAAGCUCUUCUCCCUCAAAGUGCCAACCUUUAAAAAGAGCAAAGGAAUGCCAGCAAGGCCUUACAAACCAGAUGUUAUCCAGCUUGCCAGUGGUGGAGCUCUGGUUUUCUGGAAGCCUGUGCAAUGCAGUGACCCUGUCACAUACUGCAUACAGUAUAGUCUCAGUGGUGAUGAGUGGAAAAUGUUGUCAGAUAAUGUUACCGAUAGUUUCUAUCUUGCUAAUGCGCUACCUAGAGGACCCGGCUAUGUGUUCCGUGUGGCCUGCAUCACCAAAACCGGGUCAGGACCUUUCAGUGAUCCUUCACCCCAAGCUUUUAUGACCAUGCCAUACGAAGACCCUCACAUUCCUCUGAUUCUGACGGAAUCUACCGGGUCCAAGAUCACUGUACCAGGAGGGCUUGGUUCAGAGAGGUCCUUCAGCUUCCUGUCUGAGAUCAACAGAGGCCGAUUCAGUGUGGUGACUCGGUGUGAAGACAGCAGGAGCUUGCAGACUCUUGCAGCCAAGCUGACUCCGUAUGCGCCUGAGCAGAGGCAGCUGGUGCUGAGGGAGUACCAGGUACUACGUAGGCUCAGCCACCCGAAUCUCGUCCACCUCCAUGCUGCCAUCCUCACACCCUCCUGCUUGGUGCUCAUUGAGGAGCUUUGCUCCGGACGAGAACUCCUCUACAACCUCGCUGAGAGGGAUGUGUAUUCAGAGCUGCAGGUAUGUGAGCUGUUAACACAGCUCCUGAGUGGUGUGGAUUACCUGCAUAGAUGCCACAUCCUUCACCUCGACCUCCGUUCCGAUAACGUUCUUGUGACCGAGCGCAACGUGGUGAAGAUCGUGGACCUGGGCUCUGCUCAGUUUUUCACUCCAGGCCAUGCCCUUAACAUUGAGCACAUCAAAAAGAUGUCAGAGAGCAAAGUUUACAUUGUCCUUCCUAAAGCUCCUGAGAUCUUACAAGGUCACGGUGUUGGACCUGCCACGGAUAUCUGGGCUCUUGGUGUUCUAGCCUUUAUCAUGUUGAGUGGCGACAGUCCGUUCCACUCAGAGUUCCACUGGGAAAGAGACCGGAAUGUUCGUAAGGGUAAGAUCCAGUUUGGCCGCUGCUAUCCCGGUCUCUCUGAGGGAGCCAUCAACUUCUUGAAGAGCACUUUGAACAGCAAGGCCAGGGAAAGACCGUCGGCUGCAGAGUGUCUACAGAACCCCUGGUUACGAGGGGGAAAAGGAGAACAGUCCAAGCCCACAGCCUUGAUGUUCUGUUUCUCCACUGACAAACUGCAGGCUUUUUUGAAACAGCAUGAGCUGAAACGCGAGCGUGCUCGCACCAGAGUCACACUGCCGCUCAGUUAAAGGUUAAAAUAAAAAUAUUUUACCAGAGGUUCUGGUUACUAAGAAAAGACUGUUGGUAUUUAUAUCAAUAAGUAAAGUGAAAUUAAAUAGCAGUUGUUACAAUGUGAGCACAAAAUAAAUUUAAAAAAUCAAUUAUUAUUGUUAUUAAUUUGGUCAGCAUUGAUGAGAGUAUAGACUUUUUUUAGGGGAAAAUGUAUUUUUAAUGAGUCAGGUGAAUAUAAUUAAUAAACUUUCUGCAUGUACCGUUUAACGAAUGAGCAUUGCAAAAAACAAUAAAGGCGGCUACAGUGGUGCAAAUGAUAAAGUGUCAUAUAAACGGUCAUAUAAACAAGACCUGGAUGAUUGCAGUGAAUCUGUCUUAAAUUUGUUAUUGUGUGACUGUAAUUGCAUUAUUAUGAGAUCAAAUCUAUUUAAUUAGAUACUGUUUAAUAAUUAGAUAAUCUAUAUAAUUAUAAUUUUGCAUGACAACUUGUCUGUUCUCUUUGUUCAUGAACUUUAAAACAAUGUCAUGCACAAAUUUUAGUUUUCAUCUUUGGUUUACUGUACGGUCAAAUUACUUUAUAUUUAUUUUAUUCAUUGGACUGUUGGAUGAAUUUUCAGAUUUUGAGAACAUGCAUGCGGUUUGGUUUGUCUUUCGUGUAAGAGGAUGAUAAUGAUGAUGCUCUCUGAAUGUAACUAACUAAAGAAAUAAAGUUAAUUGAAAUCAUUGUCAGGAUUUUAGUUAUGAAAAUUUACACCAAAAUAUUAUUUGUAAAUCAAUUUUAAUGCAAGUCCACACAUGAAAUAUUUGCUUGUUUGGUGUGUAACUGGAGGCAUGACACCUAAGGCUUGUGCCGACAACAACAAACACGAUCUUAUAGCCUCCAGUUCUGAUACCGUGGAACCAAUAUAUCUGGCCUGUAAAAUAUUAUAUUUCUAUUGUAACUGGUAAAGUUUGACUCUGUGGACACUGCACAGUUUCCACACGUCAUCCCUGAAACGAUGCUCCAUCUCUGCUUCCAGGCUCUUGAAUGCUCUGCGUGUUUUGAAGUACAUAUUUGUGUGAGCAAUGUUCUCUGUUAUGAAGAUGAACAAAUGAACUUUUGGGUCCUUGAACAAGGCUCCUAACACCUUAACUGCCCAGUUGCAUAAAUUAAAUAAUUAUAAGUAACUCUGAAAAAGAGUUGCCACAAAACUGAGCUCAAAACAUGAAUGAGACAAGAAACUAUAGCAAGCCUCUUGCUUAGGCAAAUGUGUAUAAUAUACUGAUUGUGCUUUCUGAGUCAGUGUUAUAAAGGUCUUCACAACUUAAUCAACUGUGAUGAGACGACUCUUCGAAUGGUUCGAUUCCUUUCAAACGUAUUGAGUGCAGACGUGCACAUAUAGGCUGAUUGUAUUUGUUUUUAUUUUUACGUGGGUAAUUUUACUUUACAAUUAAUGCGUUUGGUUUUAGUAACUGCUCAAUUUUUCAGGAAAAUUGAUUUUCAACAUUUGAGUUGUUUGUGAGUC